GUCUGGAUUUCGUUGCAGUACAGUCUCCUUCAGCUCGCCCUCCAACCGGUGACGCCUGCCUCGGCCGUGCGGUGUGAGGAACAUCUCUAAUAAAGUCACUUUAGUUUACCGCUAGCCCCAUCCUCUACUGAUACAAUGGCUGUGCCUCCUUCCUAUGCUGACCUGGGCAAGUCUGCCAAGGACAUCUUCAACAAAGGCUAUGGAUUUGGCUUGGUGAAGCUUGAUGUCAAGACGAAAUCAGCCAGUGGAGUGGAAUUCAAAACAUCUGGUUCCUCCAACACUGAUACCAGCAAAGUUGCGGGCAACCUAGAAACUAAAUACAAAAGGUCAGAAUACGGCCUGACCUUCACUGAGAAGUGGAACACUGACAACACCCUGGGUACAGAAAUCACUGUUGAAGAUCAGAUUGCCAAGGGAUUAAAACUGACUUUUGACACAACCUUCUCACCAAACACUGGCAAGAAGAGUGGCAAAGUCAAGACCGCCUACAAGCGCGAGUACGUUAACUUGGGCUGUGAUGUCGACUUUGACUUCGCUGGCCCCACCAUCCACGGAGCCGCUGUCGUCGGCUACGAGGGGUGGCUCGCCGGUUACCAGAUGAGCUUCGACACUGCCAAAUCCAAGAUGACCCAGAACAACUUUGCCAUUGGCUACAAGACGGGAGACUUCCAGCUGCACACCAAUGUCAAUGACGGAGCCGAGUUUGGAGGCUCCAUCUACCAGAAGGUGAGCGACAAGCUGGAGACGGCAGUCAAUCUGGCCUGGACCGCCGGCAGCAACAGCACACGCUUCGGGAUUGCAGCCAAAUACCAGCUGGACAAGGAUGCCUCCGUCAGUGCUAAAGUGAACAACAAUAGCCUUGUUGGUGUUGGGUACACCCAGACACUUAGACCAGGUGUGAAACUCACCCUGUCUGGCCUGGUCGAUGGCAAGAACAUCAACGCAGGAGGCCACAAGCUGGGUCUGGGCUUGGAACUGGAAGCCUAAGCUUUCUUCAUACUGCAAGGGACUAGGGAAUAUCAGAAGAAUCUGGCCUUAAAUGUAUGUCCAACUCAAACCAGCAAAGGGGGAUAUCUUUUGGAGAGAUUGGUUCAAAGGCUAUGACAACAAACUCUAACUUGUUGAGUACCACUUCAAGUUGGUGCUUCUGUCAUUGGUAUAUUUUACCUUUGUUGCUUUUUACUCUGUAGUUGCAUCUAUUCAAGAGACAGUUGGUGGCAUAUUAUUUAUAAAUUGUCAUUGUUUCCCUCCGGUACUGCCAUAAUGAAAUCCAAUACAAUCCCUUUGCCUGUCA